ACAUUUCACACUCCAACUCUCUCUCUUUCCUCUGUUUUUGCUUUGCUUUGCUUUGCUUUUUCUCUUUUUUGCUUUUUAAUCUUCUUCUUCUUCUUCUUCUUCUUCUUCUUCUUCACUUUGAGCCCACUAACUAACAAAUAAAUCAUUUCCAUUAUUGUUGCUUCUUCAAUUUCACUUGCCAAAAGUUCCUCUCCUGCCAUUCUUCUUUCUCCUUUUCUCUUUUUCUUGCAGUGAAAGUUUCUGGGUAGGGUGUGUUUUUGGUUGAUUCUUUGAUUUUAUCACAAUUCUUCAUCUGGGGUUUCGGUAUUUUAUCUGAAUUUUGAGUAAUUCGUUGAUAUGGAGAAGGAAUUCUUCAUGAAUGAUGGUGGAUGCAGUUUUUAUGGGAUGGAAAUCCAACCUAAUGAGCUGAAUUCAAGUGGGGGGUUGUUGAAUCCCAAUUGGGAAAAUUCGAUGGAUCAUAGCGAUCUCUUUGAGUCUACUUUAAGUUCGAUUGUGUCUUCUCCGGCGAAUUCUCACAUUAUCGGUGGUGGCGGUGGCGGUGGCGGUGGAGAUAACUUGAUGAUGCGAGAAUUGAUUGGAAGGCUGGGGAGUAUUUGCAAUUCUGGUGAGAUUUCGCCUCAUUCUUACAUUGGUGGAACGAAUAACAAUAGUACGAACACUUCUUGUUACAAUACGCCUUUGAAUUCUCCUCCCAAGCUUAAUUUAUCCUCGAUCAUGGAGUCUCAGAUCAGAGGGAAUUUGAUUCCCCAUCACCAAAAUCUUGCCCCAUUUUCGACUGAUCCUGGUUUCGCUGAGAGGGCUGCGAGAUUUUCUUGUUUUGGGAACAGGAAUCUUGGGGGAUUGAAUGGGCAAUUGGGGUCUAAUGAAACUCAAGAAUUGAGUAACAGAUCAAUGGCUGGAGCUGGAGUGGAAUCUGGAAAGUUAUCCAGAGUUUCAAGUAACAAAUCCUUCAACAUUGGUGGAGUCGGAUCCCCUCAAAUGGUGGUUCAAGAAGGCGAUCAAAGCCCAGUUCAAAAAGGGAAUUCAAUGCCAAUCCCUAACAAGAAAGUAUCGAACAGGUUUUCGAGGUCUUCGACUCCCGAAAAUGCUGGUGAUUCACGGGAAGGAUCUUCGGUUUCCGAGCAGAAUCCAAUUGGGGAAUCGGGUUUAAAAGGUAAAGCUGAAACCAACACUAGGAAAAGGAAAUCAGUUCAAACUGGUCAAGCAAAAGAUGUGAAGGCUGCAGUAGAGAACCAUGAACCAAAUGGAAAGAAAAUCAAACCAGAUGAAGUUACUAAGAAAGAGAUUGAUGGUGCAAAAGGAAAGGCAGAGGCAAAAUCUUCAGGAGAUGCAAAUCAGAAACAAAACAAUGAUAGUUCAAAGCCUCCUGAGCCUCCAAAGGAUUAUAUCCAUGUUAGAGCUAGAAGAGGUCAAGCUACAGAUAGCCACAGUUUGGCUGAAAGAGUCCGACGCGAGAAAAUCAGCAAACGAAUGAAGUUCCUUCAGGAUCUUGUUCCCGGUUGCAAUAAGGUAACUGGAAAGGCAGUCAUGCUUGAUGAAAUUAUAAACUAUGUUCAGUCUUUGCAGCGUCAAGUUGAGUUUCUUUCAAUGAAAUUGGCAACUGUUAAUCCAAGGAUGGAUUUUAACAUGGAAACUCUUGUGCCAAAGGAUAUCUUCAAAGGUCCCGGUUCCUCUUCGCAUACGGUUUACCCUAUGGAUUCAUCUGUACCCCAAUUUGCAUAUGAUUAUCAAUCUAUGCACGUGACUCCUCUUCACAGUGGCAUUCCUAAUGGGACAGAGAAGCAAUUCUCAGUUGCCUCAGCAAAUGAUGUGAUGCAAAGAAAUCUAAGCGGGCAAAUGACAAACGGGUACAACGAAGUCGUGAAUGGAAUCCAAAUUUCAAAGUUCUGGGAAGAUGAACUCCACACAGUAGUUCAAAUGGGUUAUGGACAAAACCAACUGCAGAAUGCUAAUGAUGAAAUGAAAAGUGAAUUGUAAAAGAAUGAAGAACAAAAAACUGAUGAAUUCCAUGGCGGCCCCCCCAAGGCGAGAGAGGCUUUUGUACAUAGAGAGGGAUUCAGUUCCUUUUAUUUUUUUUUUGGAGAAAAUAGAAGAAAUAUUCUCUUUUUUUUUUCUUCUUUUUGUUUCUUUAUGAAAAUUAUGUACCAGCCACUCAUUCUUUUGGAGAAUUCUUUCAAGAAUUCCAUUAUGUAUAAUGCUAGAACUAAUUGGCAGCAAAAAGUGAAAAGAAAAAAAAAAAACUGGUGGUGGCCUCAAUUUUUAUUAGACCACAUUUAUGCUUUGAAUAGCCAUUGUAAAAGUAGUGUUGGAAAAGAUUGAAAAGUUCUGACAUUCAAUCCAACCCUUGUGUAUUACUACCACUAAUAAAUCAUAAACGUUAUAAUUGUUCCUUUCAUA